AUGGCAGCUGAUAAAACGAUUGUUAUUAUUACAUCUGACAAUGACCGUUUCACAGUUGAAAGGAAAGUUGCAGAGAAGUCUUUGGUGAUUAAAAACAUGUUGAAGAAUCUACUCCCAGUGGAGGGCGAGGAUGACUCCGACUCCGACGAGGAUGAUUCGAACAACAUCAUCGAAGUUCCUACACAAAACGUUCGUUCGGCGGUGAUGAAGAACAUCCUUGAAUGGUGUGAACACUACAAAGACACCGAUUUCCCCGAGGAAGACCAAGAGGAUGACUCUAAGAAAUCCGCCCCAAUCGAUCCCUGGGACAAGUCUUUCCUAAAUGUGGACCAGGAGAUGCUCUAUGAAAUCAUCCUUGCUGCAAACUACCUCAAUAUCAAACCUCUUCUUAAUGCCGGAUGCAAGAUUGUUGCCGAGAUGAUCCGAGGAAAAUCCCCAGAAGAUAUUAGAAAGACAUUCAAUAUAGUCAACGACUUCACUCCUGAGGAGGAGGCUGCCAUCAGAAGAGAAAAUGAAUGGGCAGAAGACCGUUAA